GCAACCAGCGGGUCCGGGGAGGUGGUUGGUGGCUGAGCUCGACCCCCGGCCCGUUCCCGGGGCAACGGCGGCGAUGGGCGGCAGCGGCGGCGGAGUGAGGCGGCGGGGGCAGAGUGGCGGGAAGGUGUCGCGGACCCUGAGCCACAAGGAUCUGAAGGAACUGGAACUGAAGGAGGAGGAGGAGGAGGAAAACCGGGAGUCGUACGGGCUCAGUUGCCAUAAGCUCCAGGAGUCCUUGUUAAGCUCAGCAAGUGGAUACAGCAAUUACAGAGGAAUUCUCAACUGGUGUGUGGUCAUGCUGAUUUUGAGCAAUGCGCGUCUUUUCCUGGAGAACCUUAUUAAGUAUGGCAUUUUAGUGGAUCCAAUCCAAGUAAUCUCACUUUUUCUGAAGGAUCCCUACAGCUGGCCUGCUUUGUGUCUCAUUAUCGCCUCGAAUUUUUUUGUAAUUGUGACACUGCAGAUUGAGAGGCGAAUGGCCGUGGGUUCUAUCUCUGAGAGACUUGGGUUCAUCUUGCACACCAUUAACCUGAUCACCAUUCUUACCUUCCCUGCCGCUGUGGUGUUAACUGUCCCAUCAGUAACUCCAGUUGGCGCUGUGCUGGCACUCAUGUGCUACACCAUCCUCUUCCUCAAGUUCUAUUCGUACAAGGACGUAAACAGAUGGAGCAGGGAACAGUGCAAAGCCAAAGUGAAGACAUUAUCAAGGUCUUUGUCAGCGCCUGGGUUGAAGGAGAACGGAGAAGCAGUGCAGUCGGUAGUCAUGUAUCCAGGAAACCUGACGUACAAAGACAUGUAUUACUUCCUGUUUGCACCCACCCUGUGCUAUGAGCUAAAUUUCCCCCGGUCACCCCGCAUCCGCAAGCGGUUCCUGCUGAGGAGAAUGUUUGAAAUGCUUUUCUUCAUCCAGUUACAAGUGGGGUUAAUUCAGCAGUGGAUGGUGCCGGCCAUACAGAACUCCAUGAAGCCAUUCAGAGAUAUGGACUAUUCCAGGAUGAUCGAGCGCCUUCUGAAGCUUGCAGUUCCCAACCACCUGAUUUGGCUCAUCUUCUUCUACUGGUUCUUCCACUCCUCCAUGAACUUCCUGGCUGAGCUGAUGCAAUUUGGGGAUCGGGAGUUCUACAGGGACUGGUGGAAUUCGGAAACUGUGACCUACUUCUGGAAGAAUUGGAAUAUUCCCGUCCACAAAUGGUGCAGCAGACACUUCUACAAGCCCAUGCUGAAACGGGGCGUGAACAAGCCAAUGGCUCAGGUGGCAGUCUUCCUCGCUUCUGCAUUCUUUCAUGAGUACUUGGUCAGUGUACCUCUGAAGAUGUUCCGGCUCUGGGCGUUCAUGGGCAUGAUGGCGCAGGUGCCAUUGGCCUGGCUGGUGGGGAGGUUCCUGAGCGGGAAUUACGGGAACGCAGCAGUGUGGCUGUCCCUGAUCAUUGGGCAGCCGGUGGCCGUGCUGAUGUACGUCCACGACUACUACAUCCUGAACCAGGAGGGCAGCCUGUGACAGCGGCAGCCCCAUCACAUCCACACGGGGAACGGCCGGGAGCCCCGCGUGUUGGAGUCAGUAACUUCUGGGGGGGAAUCGUCACUGUUCUUUCACCUGGGUGAGAGUUUAAUGCCUUAAAGGGAAUGUUUGAGGGACAGGAAGCUGGACCCUUGAACGAUGAGUGGGAUUAGUGGGGGUACCAUGUGUAGGGGGAGGGACGUGUGUGAAUGGGGAGAUCUGGGUGCCUGUGUGUUUGAGUCCCAGCGACCGAGGGUGCUGGGGUGGGGGUGUAACAUGCUCUCCCCACCCAGGGCUGGGGACGUGACCUCUGGUGCCCAUACCUUGGGGUCUGGGUUGGACAGUGCCCACUGGAUGCGCUGUCCCGGGACAGCAGGGAGAGCAGCCACCGGCUCCUUCCCCCACCCCACCAUUCCUUCCCCAGCGGGUCGGGGUUCUCUGCUCCCGCCCCAGGCCCCUUCGCCCAAAUCCAGUGGCGGGCUCUCCUGCUCAGACCCCCAGCCGCGCUGGGGCAGUGGGUCGACACGGUGUGGGAUCCAGGAGCUGCUCAAGUGCAGCCUGCUGAGCGAGUUGAUGGAGCUAAGGUUUGUUUUCUCCCUCCCCCCCCUCUCUCUCCCUCCCCCCC